AUGGCCGCUGUACACCGGCUCCAGCAGACUCUCUCCCACCUGCAGCCCACGCAGGCCACCCAGCAACUCUCGGUUGUUUACGGGCCAACAGAGCCGGAGUUGUUGGAUGUCACUUUGGGUGAGCUUUUGACUCUGCAGAGCCUUCAGUAUGGCGACUACGAGUGUCUUGUCUUCCCCUGGACCGGGACUCGGUGGACGUAUGCAGAUUUGAACGACGAGGCCGAUCGGGUGGCCCGGGGAAUGCUGGCGAUGGGCAUCAAGAAGGGAGACCGGGUUGGAAUUAUGGCUGGCAAUUGCGAGCAGUACAUUUCGAUUUUCUUCGCUGCUGCUCGCGUCGGUGCCAUUCUCGUCGUUUUGAAUAAUACUUAUACCCCGUCGGAGCUCUACUAUGCACUCGACCAUACUGAUGUCCGAUUGCUUUUCCUGACCCCCCGCAUCCACCGUCACUCCCUAGAAGAAGUUCUCGAGAAGCUCGGCUCUCACCCUAAAGAGGCUGGCACAUCCAACGCUCUUGAGGAGAUCGUCGUGCUCCGCGGCGAAUACAAAGACUUUACCACCUACGCACAGGUUGUCGAGCGUGGUCUCCCUCUCUCCAGCAAUGCCCUGCCCGCUCGCGAAGCCGAACUACAACCAGAAGAUGUAUGCAAUCUGCAGUUCACCAGCGGUUCAACUGGAAGCCCCAAGGCCGCCAUGCUCACGCACCACAACCUUGUCAACAACUCCCGCUUCAUCGGCGAUCGCAUGAGCCUCACCUCAUUCGACAUUCUGUGCUGCCCUCCCCCGCUCUUCCACUGCUUCGGGCUCGUCCUCGGCAUGCUGGCUGUCGUCACGCAUGGCUCGAAGAUCGUCUUCCCCGCCGAGACCUUCGACCCGCUCGCAACGCUCCAUGCCAUCUCUGACGAGAAGUGUACUGCCCUGCAUGGCGUCCCCACCAUGUUCGAGGCGAUCCUCAGCUUCGACAAGCCCGAGAACUUCGACUGCAGUAACCUGCGCACGGGCAUCAUUGCCGGCGCACCAGUGCCCCGUCCACUCAUGAAGCGGCUCUUCGAAGAACUCAACAUGAGGCAGUAUACCAGCUCCUACGGCCUAACAGAAGCAUCCCCGACGUGCUUCAACGCCGUCACAACGGACUCAAUCGAGACACGCCUCCAAACAGUUGGAAAGGUCAUGCCACACGCAAAAGCCAAGGUCGUCGACGCCAACGGCGCAAUCGUCCCCGUCGGCCACCGCGGCGAGCUCUGCAUGGCCGGGUACCAAUUGACAAAGGGGUACUGGAACAAUCCCGCAAAGACGGCCGAGACCCUCGUCACGGAUGAAGACGGCACGGUCUGGCUGAAGACCGGUGACGAGGCGGUUUUUACCCCCGAGGGUCGGUGCAGUAUUACGGGGCGGUUUAAGGAUAUUAUUAUUCGUGGCGGCGAAAACAUCUACCCACUCGAAAUCGAAGAGCGUCUCUCCAGCCACCCCUCCAUCUCCGUCGCAUCCGUCAUCGGCAUCCCAGACCAGAAAUACGGUGAGGUCGUGGGGGCCUUCAUCUCCCUGGCGGAGGGCGCGACCAGGCCGACUGACGACGAGCUACGGGGCUGGACGCGCGAGACACUGGGUAGACACAAGGCGCCGCAGCACGUCUUCGUGUUUGGCGAGGAGGGAGUGGAUCGCACGGUUCCUGUAACUGGAAGCGGGAAAGUGCGUAAGGUGGACUUGCGGAAAAUUGCGGCGGGGGUUUUGGAGCGUCGGAAGAUGAAGGCGAUUACGGAUACUACUACGACUGCUUGA